AUGAGAAAUGUUAAGCUUAGAGAGGAUGAGAAGCUAGUGAUAAGUGUAGAUGGGACUGUGGCUUAUCUCGAUAAACAGAGUGAUGAUGUUGAAAGUGAAAAUGAAGGUCUAAAAGAACGUGUGAAGAUGGGGUUUCGUCGGAUUUGGAGUGCUAUGAAACCAAUACCCAUUACCCUGUGCACUUAUUACACCACAUAUAGUACACUUUAG